AUGACUCGAGAAUUUUACUUAUUUUUCAUAAUAGACAAUAGUCCAACUAGUAGGACUUCUAAAAGAAAUUUGGCUGGUAUAAACAUGGAGAGAAGUGGAAGCUCUGGCGCUCAGGUCACAAUAAGGCAAACGGAGAAAGACCAUGUCGAUUUCAUUUUAAAGGAGGUAGAUAUGGCGAUGGCAAAUUCUCUAAGAAGAACCAUGUUAGCUGAAGUUCCUACAUUGGCAAUAGAUUUAGUGGAGAUAGAAGUGAAUACCUCUGUGUUGGCAGAUGAAUUUAUUUCACAUAGACUAGGAUUGAUUCCUUUGAAUAGUGAAGGUAUUGACAAUUUGUCAUACUCUAGAGAUUGUACCUGCGACCAGUAUUGUGCUAACUGUUCCGUUAAGCUUGAAUUAACGGCCAAAUGUGACACAGAUUCUACAAUGAAUGUGUAUUCAUCAGAUCUUGCUAAAUUUCACAAUGGCUCGAAGUUGGGCGAUCCCGUAAUCAGAGAUUCCCAGAGGCGGGGUCCUUUAAUUUGCAAAUUAAGAAAGCACCAAGAGUUGAGGAUAACUUGUAUUGCUAAAAAAGGGAUAGCUAAAGAGCAUGCGAAAUGGUCACCAUGUGCAGCUAUUGGAUUUGAGUAUGACCCUUGGAACAAAUUAAAGCAUACGGACUAUUGGUAUGAGAACGAUGCAGAAGCCGAAUGGCCCAAAUCGGCAAAUUGUGAGUGGGAGGAAGCUCCAGAUCCAGAUGCGCCCUUUGAUUAUAGUGCAAAGCCAACAAAUUUCUAUAUAGAUGUUGAAACCGUUGGUAACCUUCCGCCGAACGAGGUAGUGCUAAAGAGUAUCGAGACAUUACAAUUGAAAUUAGCAGGAAUAUCUAUGGAGUUGAAUAAAGACACAAUUGAGGCAAGUGCAGCGGCGAAUGGUGGAUUCACUACAUAUGGAAGAUCUCCAGAACGAAUGGAUAAUUCUCCAUAUGGUGGCAGUAAUGGGUUUGGAAACUCUUCUUGGAGUUAA